CUCACCGCCCGCUCGGCUCCACACUCACGGCAGGUUGGUGCCGACGCCCCUGGCCUUCUUCCGCCAGUCGGCGGUGAGCUCGGCGACGUCCCAGUACGCCUCGCUGAGCAUGUCAGAGUAGGGCUCAAGCUUGGGAGGGUAGCCGGCCUCUUCGGUGUGCUCUUUCUUGAGCUCGUGCAGGGCCUUGGGGGCGUGGUAGUGGUGCAUGGCGGUCAGCGCCUUGAGCAGCGCCACGUGGAUGGUGGUACGGGCAAGGGCCUGGACGGCUGUGACGAUGACGGGCUUGAGUGGCUUGCCACGCGACAGGCUGAAGCAGGGCGGCACGGUUACGGUGGGGGUGAUGGCCUGGCCCUGGCUGGUGAGGGUGGCGAUGGCGGCCCGGGCGAGGGUGACCUCCACCAGGUUGGGCGCGUCGAUGCCACGGAACUCUGCAGCCAAUAGGGACACACAAAAGACAACAGAGAUACACCGUGGCUGGAGAGUGAGUGUGUCAUGCUGUCUGCGUGCUGUCUUCUUACUCAUGAUCUCUAUGGCGUAGAAGGGACCGCUCAGCAUCAGCGUCAUCCAUCCCGUCCCCUCUCCGUCACACCGCCAUCGCUCGUUGGGUGCGGGCAGGCGGACCGCCACGGCCUCGCUGGGGUCGACGUAGCCCCUUGACAGCAGGCGGGGCGCGCCGAGCUGGCCUUCGAGGCGAUGCAGCAGCUGUGCUUCGUCCUCGAUGCCCAUAAGCCGCUGCACCUUCUCCAUCUCGUCGGCGAUGAGGGCCUCUGGCACCUGGAGGGCCCGCAGCAGGCGAUCUGGGGCCACGAACUUCACCAGGACCUCCGUCCCUCUCAGUGUCGCCCUCAGCGACACCGACCGGUCGUUAAAGAAGUAGGUGGUGGUGAAGUGGUGCUCCCCGAGGGCGAUCUUCUUGCUGCUGCGGGGCUGCUGGACGGGUGCGGGUGUGGUUGCUGGCUGCGCGGGCUGGCUGGCGUGCUGCUGCUCCUCCUCCCUGCCCUCGUCGUCCUCUGCGUCCUCCUGCUGUGGGGUAGGCGGUGCAGCAACCGCCUCCAUGCGGCCCUCCUCCUCUUCGUUGUCCUCUGCCCUCUCCCUGUCCUCUCCCUCCUGCUGCGGCGAUGGCGCCAGUCCUCCUCGUCCAGCAGCCGGCUCCUCGGCGUCCUCUCCUGUCGGCUCGUGAACGGCCUCCUCGCCCCGAACGUCCUUAUCCUCCUCCCUGCCCUCGGCGUCCUUAUCCUCCUCCUGCAGCUGGCUGGGUGGGGCGCGGUCGUCCUCCUCCUCGUCCUCCUCUGCCCUCUCCUGUUCCUCCUGCUGCCGCUGGUGGCUCAUGGCUGGCAUGGUGCGGCAUCUGUCCUCCUCCGCCUCCUCUCCUUCCCUCUCCCUCUCCUCCUCACGCUCCCUCCUCUCCUCCACCCUCCCCUCUCCCUCCCUGGCAUUCGACGCAGCCGGCACCUCUGUGGUGGCCAUCAGGAUGGCGGCGAUGUUGGGGCGGGCGGCCACGGCGUGGCGCUGCGGUGCUGCUGCUGUUUGUGGGGCACGGUGGGGCGCCAUGGCGGCGGCGGGCGGAACGAAACCCCAGCCAGGGGCAUGCACGGCCGACGCACCCGAUGCAGCGAUGGGAGGCGGCUGGCGGAUGUGCUGCUGCAUCAAAUGGGGCGGGGCCGGCAUGGCUGGUGGCGCAUGCGCGCCGAUGGGCGCCGCUGUCGCACCAUACUGGUCCUGCCGAGCCCGAAGGCAAGGCGGACACACGAAUGGGUUGACGCGCGUGCGCCAGGGGGCGCCACGUGUGUGCUGUGGGCGUGGCGGCUUCCGUGCUGGCGGCUUGCACCGCCUGUGAGCGGGAUGCCGCUCGAUUGGCCUGAUGGGCACUGGGGGAGGCGUCGGCCACAUGCAAGGGGGAUGUUGCUGUGGAUGCUGGUGCCGGUGGAAGGGCUGCGGCAUGUUGAGGGCGGGUGCCGCUCCAUAGACGAAGACCUGCUGCUCGCGCGCGAAAGACGGCAUCGUCGUCGUCUUCGAUGUCUUUGUG